AGGGGGCGCCAGGCCGCGGGAGAGGAAGCCAUGGGCGCGCGCGGGGCGCUGCUGCUGGCCCUGCUGCUGGCGCGGGCUGGACUCGGGAAGCCGGGUGAGCUCAGGGCGCUGCUGGCGGGACCGGGGGCAGCGGGGAGGACGGGAGGUGGAGGCCGCGGGGGGCUCACUUCUUGUCUCCUGCAGAAGGCCUGCGGCCACCGGGAAAUUCACUCGCUGGUGGCGGGCGGAGUGGAGUCCGCGCGCGGGCGCUGGCCAUGGCAGGCCAGCCUGCGCCUGAGGAGACGCCACCGAUGUGGAGGGAGCCUGCUCAGCCGCCGCUGGGUGCUCUCGGCUGCACACUGCUUCCAAAAGCACUACUACCCCUCCGAGUGGACGGUCCAGUUGGGCGAGCUGACUUCCAGGCCAGCUCCUUGGAACCUGCGGGCAUACAGCAAUCGUUGCAAAGUGCAGGACAUCAUUGUGAACCCUGACGCUCUUGGGGUUCUACACAAUGACAUUGCCCUGCUGAGACUGGCCUCCUCUGUCGCCUACAAUGCGUACAUCCAGCCCAUUUGCGUCGAGUCUUCCACCUUCACGUUCGUGCACCGGCCGGACUGCUGGGUGACCGGCUGGGGGUUAAUCAGCCCCAGUGGCACACCUCUGCCACCUCCUUACAACCUCCAGGAAGCACAGGUCACCAUCUUAAACAACACCAGGUGUAAUUACCUGUUUGAACAGCCCUCUAGCCUUAGUAUGAUCCAGGAUUCCAUGUUUUGUGCUGGUGCUGAGGAUGGCAGUGUAGACACCUGCAAAGGUGACUCAGGUGGACCCUUGGUCUGUGACAAGGAUGGACUGUGGUAUCAGGUUGGAAUCGUGAGCUGGGGAAUGGACUGCGGUCAACCCAAUCGGCCUGGUGUCUACACCAACAUCAGUGUGUACUUCCAGUGGGUCCAGAGGGUGAUGUCACACAGUACACCCAGGCCAAACCCCUCCCAGCUGUUGCUGCUCCUUGCCCUGCUAUGGGCUCCCUGACUCCUGCAGCCAUUCUGAGUGCACCAGAAACUGAGGCUGUAGUGGGGACCACAGUAUUGGCUCACCUCCUCUGGGCUGUGGGCACUUCAGGGACAGGGUUGGGACUGCCUGCUGGAUCAGAUUCCACCCCUUUUGUCUCAUUUGCUAAUAAAUAUGUGUGCAUGUUCAA